CUUUUAGCCUAAUUGUUGUGAUAAACUUAUUAAAUAGAUUUGAUAAUGGAUGAAUUAUACACAUCGGAAAUCAAAAAGAUCUCAAUCAACGACGACACUCUUAAUUGUAUGCCUCCUGCUGAUUUUUUGAAGUUCUGGAAGUUACAAGACGACUACCUGAGGAACCUUGAGAAUGACUUGGGUAGAAACUCGACGCAAAAGGCCACUGUUUUGAGAAAAUUGAAAGAGCUGGCAAAGCUACGGAAUGAAAUCGACGCUUCUUGCCGCAAGGCACAGUCAUUGACUGACUUCGAUCGGUACACUGUUGACCCUGUUGUGCAACAGACUAUAUCAUCUCUCAACGAGGAUUUGGCAGCCAAGAGGAGACUCCAAAAAGUGAUGGAGACAGACUUACAUAAUUGUUCUUAUAGUGUAGAUAAUCAGGUGGGGAAGCUGUUGAUAGCGAAGAGUAGACAGUUGAGUGAGGAGAACAUGGAGUUGCAGAGUGAGAUCAGACAGGGCAGUCUGUGUCAGGCACAGGCCAAACUCUGUCUCCAGAGACAGCACAAACACACACUCAAUGCACUAUUCAAAGAUCACAGUGACCUGUCGGUUGAGUUAGAACAGCAACUGAAGGAGUCCCAACUGAAACUGGCAGAUGUACAGAACUGCUACAAGAUGCUGUUUAGAGAAGAGGCUGCCAGCACUAUGGCAGCUGCAGCUGCUUCUAACGCCUCCUCCCAAUCGAACAAGGAGCCAAAAUCAAACUAGUUAAUUUCUUUUGCAAGCAAAACUGAUUGUCGAAGCAAAUGUUUUUAUUUAUUGAACAUGUCUUUAUUUAAUUUGUGUUCUUUGUGUAUAUUUCUGCUCUUAUGAAAAGAAACUGAACAUUUUGACAAAGAGGGAUAAUAAGUCGCUCGUUCGAUCAGCGACUAUUCUGAAUAUUGAAAUUAAACUUAAAUCAUACGGUAUCAACAGUGAUUAAAAAUUGGAAAUCAGUCAACAGUAUCUAAAAUAUUUAGCGCCGAAGAAAUGCUCUCACAGAUGCACUUGAACUUAUGAAUUGAGUUUGAACUUAGAUGCACUAUAUUGAGCUAUAUUUAAUGUAAACUGC